AGCAGUGACAAGCAGGUGUCGAAGUCCUGCUCAUUGUUCCUGCUAAAUGACAUACCAAGUAAUACAACUAGCAAGCGACAGUUUGCCAUAGAGCAGAGGUGGGCCGCUACGGCAUAAUAUGUGUUAGGGUCAGCCGCGGCAUCGGUGCACCAUGACAGCGCGGAGGACCACAACUGUGCUCACGGCGACGUUGGUUCUACUCUGGUCAAGUGUCUCUUACGUGUCAGCAGACACGUGUACAUUUGAGGAAGGCUGGUGCAAGGAAUGGGCAACCCCAAACUGCAGCAGACGUGCCUGCUUCAGUCUACGCAACGUCGCCAGUAUGCAGCAUGGACCCGUUCAAGACCACACUCUUCGAACAGAUCGAGGCUCGUGCGCCUACGCAACUGCUGGCCGUGACAUGGGUGGACCCACCAUAAUUUCUCGCCGGUCUACUGGGCCACUGUGCUUUACCGCAUGGUACCACCAGUCCGGUAUGGUGCACCACGCCGCAAUAUUCUCGGCGAAAGACGCCGAUGGCAUGCGCCUUGAGUUUUACACAACCCAGCGCGAAAUGGCCGGGCGCUGGCAGCGGGUGAAGUACUCGGAGAAGCGGAAUGGUUCCAUCGAGGUACAGAUUUACUACUUCGUCAGGGACUCUUUUGAAGAAGCUACUUUUGCCGUUGAUGACCUGACAUUGGAGAGCGGAGAGUGCCCGCAAGAACCAACGGAUGGCUCCUGUAACUUCGACUGGGGCGACACAUGCGGCUAUGAUCUUGGAAGGGGCGACAAUAAAUGGAAACUUGAAGGAAGCCCGCGGAAGAGCUUCUUCCUUCCGGACUAUUCAACAGGCAGUUAUCACGGUGGUGUCGUGUACCUCGGUCUCAGAAAUAAUUUUACGAGAGCUGUCUUGACUUCUCCAAAGCUGCCUGGACGUCCUGCAGUUCGAUGCCUUCAGUUUCGGUACUACAUUCCCUGGACUGAAGCGACCCCCGAAAAGGCGUAUAACAUUACAGCUUUCACCACUGGCAGCUUAGCUGGGCGUGAACAUCUCUGGUACGUGCCUCCUCAGGCAUUGGUUAGGGGUACCUGGACCACUGUGGACGUGACCUUCAAACUAAAAAAUGACUUCAAGAUCGAAUUCCAAUGCGCCUUACAGUCGGAGCAGUUCAUUGGUAGACCCUUCUGCGCGAUCGACGCCAUCACGCUUCAAGACUGCACUGGAACGAGAAAUUUGCAGAACCGACACUGCAGCUUCGAAGACGGCUGGUGUACGUGGAAAAAUGUCAACAAACGAAGAAACAACAGAUUAUCCUGGAUUCUCGGUGGGGGAAAAGUGAAGACUACUCUACUGAGACCACCACGGGACCAUACUUUCGGAAACAAUUCAGGUUCAUACGUAUUCGUGAGCAACCACGACAUAAGAAGCGGUGACUCAGCCGGGCUUAUCGGAGAGAGCCUUCCUGAAAACAACAUGAUAUCGCAGUGUGUCGUGUUUUGGUACAUCAUAUCGGGGCUCAAUGAUACGAACCUUAAGGUUCUAUGCCAGAAAAUGGUACCGCAGAAACAACUUUAUGUGGCCCUGUGGAAUCAACAAGGCGGUGACCGUGUCACUUGGCAGCAAGGUCGCGUUGCAGCCCCACAUGACAUAAGGAUAAUAUUUUUAGGAACCGUUGGACCAGCGUCAAGACCAGCUUACAUUGCGCUCGAUGACAUCACCAUCGUGGAAACACAUGACUGCGACACCUUACCAAAAGGAGCCGAAGCUUUAUCCGCUGUCGAGCUCCUCACCUGCAGCUUUCAGUAUAAUCAACUCUGUCACUGGACCACCAGCGGCAUUUCCUCAAGAACGUGGAGGUUCGGGCCACCACUCGCAUCGAACCUUGGCCCUGAGAAGCCAUCGUCUGGAACAAACGGCGGUAUGAUCCACGUGACGGGAGCUACGCUCACCAGCAACGGCGGCUUGUCACGACUCUCGUCGACAACGCUUGGGCGCCAGCCUAAACUUCUGUGCAUUUCGGCGUGGUACCACAUGUUUGGUGGGCGUGGCCUGAUCUUGAAAUUGAGGGCUCGCAAGAUGGUCACCGCAGCUCGCUUCUUCUGGGAGGCUUCACCUCUCUUCUACCAGUCUGACCGCACCAUCGCUGACCGGUGGUACGAGGUGCGCCGUACGGUGAACAUGGAUGGCGCCCAUAACCAGUUGGUUUUUGACGUGAACAUGCUACCAACAGCGAGGAACGACUCUGUCGUAACACUCGGGCCGGUAGAAGCUCGGCCUGGUGCAUGUGACGUGCUGACGGAUGGUGAAGGCUACUGCGAUUUCGAAUUCGACCAAUGUGGCUGGCAAUCAAAGGACGGAUGGAGGCGACAACUCAAGGCGACCUCAUUCUACGAUCCCGUGGCAGGCUCGAGAUCAGGACCAGAAAAUUCUGCGUACUUCCUUACGGUGACCCGAGCAUCUUCAUCCCCAUCCGAUGCCCUAGUGACCAGUCCAGAAUGGCAAGGAAACAGCGAGCCUCAAUGCUUCGAAUUCUGGUACCUGCCCGCUGCCGGAAGCGGAGUCCAACUGCAGGUUGAAGUGAUUACGAGCGACAAAAGUGAAGUGUUGUGGAAGACGAAGCAGAAACCAUUCGGAAAUGUAUGGAUGCUGGGGCGCGUGGAGAUCGUACAGGCGAAUGCAUUCAAGGUUGGGCUACGAGCCAUGUUCUCAGAAGGGAACGCGAAAUCAGUCAGCAUCGAUGACGUGGUACUGAGACCGCAGCCCUGCGCCCACCCAGCCGAGUGCGACUUCGCAGACGACCUCUGCGGAUACGUGAGCCGCUAUGAAGGAGAAUUUGGCUGGCUUGUCGGGAGUGGUCGGCUGGAAAGACCCAACAGACACGUGGGGGAACCUUUACCAGGAGAUGGCUCUAAUUCCUUCGCCUACCUGGACUUGACAACCGCCACCUCGGAGAAAGGCACCCCUGACAAGGCGAGCUCCUCGAAGACCGCGAUUUUGCUGAGCCCAAUUUUUAACACCGAUGACAAUGAGACCGCUAUAUCAAUCGACUACUUCAGACACGGAUCAGAUAUUGCGACGGCGAAUCUGACCAUUUUCUGCUACAAGGAUGACACCUCAGCCAAGAGUGAAGUGCAGCACUCUCUCCAGUUAGCAGAAGUGGAGGAGUGGACGGAUUUGGACGUGAAGCUUAGGCAGGGCACCAGCUGCCAGGUCAUCGUGCAUGUGACCCGUGGAGGCGGUACUAAUGGAACGAUCGCCAUACGAAAAAUCAAAGUCACGAGGUUUUUGCCAGAUAACAAAACACGAGAAACUUUGGACACAGCAACUCGAUGUACAUUUGAAGAAGGAGGCAUGUGUGGCUGGGAUCCAAGUGGAGGCACGAUUACGUGGACGCUCAAUAAUCCCGCCAAGAAAGUGCCAGCUUUUCCGCGCUCUGACCACACCUUGGGGGCCUACAGAGGACAUUUUAUUUACGUGUCCAAUGACAGAGACAAGUGGUAUGGCACUGGAUCUCUCAGAAGCCCGGAUUUGAACGUCAAUGCCACCAACGGAGCCUGCUUGAGCUUUUGGCAUUUCACUGACCACGAACGACCUGCCAGCGGAGAUGUGCGUUCAAAUGGAGAGCGCUUGUACAGCUUUAUGACCAGAACAAACCACAAAUGGAACCACGUUCUCGUCGAUUUCACGAGAAGCUCGGAUACAUAUCAGUUGGACAUUCAAGUGCAUAUGGAUAAAGGGCUGAUUGCACUCGAUGACUUGGAAGUUAUGCCUGGACGAUGUCCCGCUAGAGAUUUCUGCUCCUUUGAGCUAGGCUACCCGUGUAACUUCCGCCAAGGUGCGGGAAACUUCGCCUCGUGGUCCCUCACAGCAGCACAGUCGAUCGGCAUCCCUGACCACACUGUCAAAACUCUUAAAGGCCAAUACCUGUACGUGAACGUAACGGGAGUAGAUUCCCACCACCCAAUCUCCAGAGUGUUCAUGGCUGCCCGCCAGCCCACUCAAGCUACCUGCGUCACGUUUUGGUGGAGAGGACGUGGAGUAGCAAGCCAGCUCAAUGUGUACAGUUUUACCAAAGAAACGGCGAUGAGGGACCCACUACUUUCCGUUAGCACCGAGGUGACAGGGGACUGGUGGAAUGUCCGUACGAUCACCGUCACUUCCCGAAGCAGAUGGAACCUGGUAUUCGAAGUGGUGGCCGCAUUGGGAGUGGAGCAUGACUCUGGGGUCAUGCUUGAUGACGUCGAGUUCAGCGAUGGAGAGUGCGAACCUUAUAACUACUGCUCGUUUGAACAAGAUUGUCUGCCCUGGCGAGUUGCAAACACAGAUGAUGACUCAAAGUUCGAAGUAGAAAGAGCUGGAUCUUUCGUCUCCCUUCCACAAGAUCAUACGACUCAGUCUGGUGAUGGCUACUUUCUGCUCUACAAGAGUCCCGGCAUCGUCGGCAACCAAUCAACCUUGAUGCUUCGUGAGCCAUCGCGCUACACUUGCAUUUCAGUGUGGUACUAUCUGCCCGUAUUGAAGAAUGGCGUGCGGCUGUUCCUCGACGAGGUAGAAAUGAAUACGGCCAAUGGAACCUGGAAGCGUUGGCAGCUGCAGUUGGCAAGCAGCUCGGUCAUCACAGCUCUGUCAGGCAGCAACAACAACGGAUUCGUGGCUAUUGAUGACCUGUUAGUCAGUGAGAUGCCUUGCGAUGAGACGGACAAAGCUCGAUCGACACGGAUGUUCGCCUGCGGCAACAAGGACCUGGUGCCAGUGCAACAAGUAUGCGACUUCGUUUCUGACUGCAACAACGGCGCUGACGAACGUGAUUGUGGCGAGUGUGACUUCUCCAAAAGCACGUGCGGCUGGAACAUAAAGGGCCUCGGAAACCGCGACACCAUGGCUUGGCAUCGCAUGCCCAUAGGAAGCGUGCCUAGGUCGCCACCUACGGGAUCCGAUGAAAGGCGAGGCGGCCACUACCUGCUAUUGUAUUCGAAUUCAACCUUUCAGAUUUCUGCGAAUGCCAGGAUCAAUUCUCCCAUCAUAAGGAACACUGACAAGUUAUGUACCAUGCAGUUUUGGUACAACUACGCCGAAGUCGCAAUACAUGCGGAUGUCAUGCUCACCUUGAAUGUGGGUGGCUACACAAUGCCUGUGUGGACGCUCCGCGUGCUUGGCGCACCGAACCGUGCCGGAGUCUGGAAUAGAGCAAUCUUGAACGUCGGGCGCUACAGAAAGGCUAUCAGCUUCUCCUUCGAAAGCAGGCGAUACGCUCGGGAAGACGCCAUGUUUGCUGUCGACAUGAUAACUUAUUAUGGAUGCGCACUACCAGCCACGACAAACAACUGCACCGACUCUGAAUUUCGUUGUUCCAAUGGAGCAUGCAUAGAGAAAUCGGAUCUAUGCAACUAUGUUGAUGACUGUGGGGAUAACAGCGAUGAAUCAAAGUGCGAUGACUAUCGCCUUCGGUGCAACUUCGACAUUUCGUUCUGUGACUGGACGCCAGAUGCUCCAUUAGAUAAAACCCACAACAAUUGGGUUUUGAUGCAUCCAACGGCAACAUUGUCACACUCUCCAACGCGAGAUCACACAACAGGCACCCGUCACGGGAAAUUCAUCAUUCUGGAAUCUAAUUCAAAGGUAACAAAAUCUUCCGUCUCGGGCCCCACACUGAAUGCUGCUGCAAACUGUUCGAUAAGAUUUUUUUUCACCCUCCGUGGAUGGAGUAAGCCGAAGCUGACACUCAAUGUCCAAACUACUAAGGACGGUCCUGUGAAACCUGUAUGGUCCGCUAUUGGACCAUCGCAGUUUUCUCACUUCACUGCGGCUAGCGUGCACUUCACCGAGACGGUCCCGUAUCAAGUUAUUUUUACCGGAGAACACCAAGUGCCUGGACACCAAGGCUAUAUAGCCAUCGACGACGUGACAUUUUCGGAAAGCUGCAAGACGUAUGAUGAAGAGUUGCCAGCGUCACCUACGACAACACCGCGACCGUCCACCUGUGGAGAUAAGGAAUUCCAGUGCGGCACCACCACGCAGUGCAUUCCAUCGACUCAAGUGUGCGACUUCAACCCUGAUUGCUCAAAUGGAGCUGACGAGGCGUGGUGUGGUUUCUGCGAGUUUUCGAAGGACUUGUGUGGCUUGGAGAACUUGGAUGCGAGCUCGCGCCUUGGUUGGAACUGGACGACUGUGGACUACGGCAAGCGCAAGAAAUACUUUCCAAAUGUCGACCGAAAUUACGGCACAGAUGGCGCAUAUGCCGCUUACUCAUUACUCAACAGGGACGCACCCCGGGGAGCAGCGAAUGCGAUGAUGACGCCGCGGCUUGGUCAGAUCGCUCGUUCCUGUGUAGUAACCUUUUACGUCUACCUUCCUGAACGACGCGGUGUAGAUGCACAGCUUACGUUUGGUGUAUAUCCCCCAUCGUCCUCAAGACCAGAUGCAAGAGUUGCCCACCGCCUUACGGUGGUUGCAGGAAAACACAUACGAGGAAGAUGGAUACGUCGGGUUGUGAAGACAGGAAGUUGGAAUGCAGGAGCAAGGUUCUUUUACGAGACUAGCGUUCUUGGUUUGAGUAUCGACAGCCCAAGCUACUCCUACUGCCAUCUCGACACCCGAAGUGAAGCCUGGGAGGAUAUUCGCCCCAUCACGUGUGACUUCUCCAAGCCUCGCGAGUGUGGCUGGUUUCCCGAGGCCUCGCCAGAGAAUCUUGAUUGGGUACUUUAUUCCGGCAACUCGGGAAACUUGAAGCUCAAAUGGCAACCCCAAGAUAGUGCAUCAGACAAUGGUGCCUAUAUGUAUGCCCGGAACACAGAGCCCUCGGAAAAAGUUGCACGGCUUGUCUCCACCCGAAUGAACUCAACUUCUGACGAGGGGCGCUGUUUCACUUUCUGGUACAACAUGUGGCAUCCAAAUAGUGGCCAGCUGAACCUUCUCCAACGCGUUGACAACGUUUCGACAAGCCUUCUGUGGACCCGAUCCGGGCCGCAAGGCAAGGCAUGGCAGCUGGGAACGGUGCAAGUGCAUUCUGAGGACCAAUACCGAUUUGUUUUCGAGGCUGUGUUGCCAUCCCAUAUCCCCGGAAUUAUCGCAAUCGACCACUUCGUGCUCGAGGAUGGCAACUGCGACGGUAGCAAAGUGUGCACAUUCGAGUCCGGCAAUUGUGGUUGGCAGCUGCACAAUUGGGAAGUCACAAAAGGCAGCAGCGCAAUGUUGCCUCCGUCAGAUCACGGCAGCAAGGCACCGUCCGGGAGCUUUGCGCUGGUAAAGCCACCCGGUGGCCGACUGGUGAGUCCACAGGGGUUCUACGACGUCUCACAGCACAAGUGUCUCCGAUUCUGGUUCUUCAUCGCCGGUAGGACCGUGCAAACACUUAACGUCACUCGGGUAGGCGAAGACCAGCAAGGGGACUCUCUCUGGUACGCAACCAAGUCGCAUGCCCGGUUGGAUCAGUGGUACUCGGCCGCGGUUGACUUGACCAGCCUCCAAGGAAAGGCAGAGCUCGUGUUCGACGGGACAACGUCUGAUGAGCCGGACACUGCUGUUGCCGUGGAUGACAUCAGCCUAGGCGAGACUGCGUGUCCCCCGCCCGGCAGCUGCUCCUUCGAGGAGGACAUGUGCAACUGGCAAAACAUACAGAGCCCCAAAUACGCGCUUUGGUACAGGAACCAAGGCCCCACGGUCACAGUCAGCAGUGGCCUCAAGAAGGACCACACUCUCGGAACAGAGGAAGGGUAUUACCUCCUCCUGGACUCAGCAGAUCUUUCUGAAAGCGGGAUUGGCAUUAUUGAAAGCCAGACACUCACCCUCGGUCCCAUCGCCUGCAUCAAGCUCUACUAUUACAUAAAGCAAAAUACCAACACGACACUGAGUAUCGCGUUUGCUGGCCCACAUGUAUCAGUGAUGGGAUCAUCGACAACUGUGAGCGCCACUGCUCCAAGCGAGUGGACGCUGCUGUCGGUGGAAAGCAGCAGCCUUCCUCCUUCUUUUUCGGUCCUUAUCACUGGCAAAACAGGGCUCUUCUCCAGUGAUCUUGCCAUAGACGAUAUUGAAGUAAGCGAAGGCCACUGCGACAACAUCCCGGAUGUCACAAAAGUGCCGCAACCCGGAACGAGUGCAUCAUCAGUCACUUCUACUACACUUCCAAGCGAACUGACAACGCUUGCACCUGUGACUUCAACAACAGGCCAAUCAUUGGCUACGAGCAAUGCUCCCACGUCAGCGCCCCCUGCAAGCACGGCGCGUGCUCCUUCUUCACCGAAGCCACGCUUGGAGUGUCACAGCGGAGAGUUCAACUGUCGCGACGGCGCUACGUGCAUUCCUGGCGUGCUCGUCUGCGACGGUGUCCCGGACUGCCCGAACGGGUUGGACGAAAAGUGUGGGCGGCCGAACAUUUGCACACCACAGGAGUUUCUUUGUAUGACCCACUCGCCCUUCGACUGUCUUCCCCGCACGUUGCUUUGUGAUGGAAAAGAAGACUGCUUCGGAGGAUCGGAUGAAGCGCUCUGCAACGCGUGUCCGCACUUCCUAUGUCUAAAUGGUGGUCUCUGCGGAGUUUCAAUACGGCAACGUUACCCUGUCUGCGACUGCUCCCAUGGCUACGAAGGUCAUCGUUGUGAGUCGUUAAUCCAAAGUACUUCAAAGGAGCACCUACAGACAAGCAAAGCACACACCACGGGUCCCAUUGUUGCAGGUGUCCUCGUCUCAUUUGCGGUUAUUUCAAUUGCCGCAGUUGUAGUAGUUCUCUUGCUCAGAAGACGACGUGCAGCCCGUUCCAGAAACACUGUUAUACCACUGGACAACCCGUCUUUUUAUCCCUUUUCCGAUUAAAAACGUACAGUGACUGAAAUAUCCUAGAACCUAUACCAAAUCAAGAAGGUUUGGCCAUCGUCUUCUACUAUCGCAUGAAAGACCCUGCUUAUACUGCCGUAUCAUGCAUUAAAUAUAUUUCUAAUAA